UCCAAACGCGCCCAAGUCUGAGAAGAGCCCACAACAAACUCAGCCUUUUAAGCCAGAUUAAAAACCAUCCUGCUUUAUACUGAAUUAUUAUUAUUGUCAGAUAUUAUCUGGUGAAUCUCAGCAUAUUGAUUUGUAUCAUCAUUCAUAAUAGAGCGAGUGAUAGUGUAAAGGGACCUUUACGGAAAUUUAAUGACAAAUCAUUUUUGCUUUAUUUAAACAAUCAAGCGAGAUGUUAAAGCAUCAUUGUGUUAUCCUGAAGCAAGGAAUCUGGUGGAUACUGAAAUGUCACGACAGAGUGCUGAAACGUUGUUCCCAUCAGAAGAUGAGUCGCCGCAGCAUUCGCCGCAGCCUGAGCCUGAAAAGAAAUCCAAGAAAAGGGCACAUGACAAAUUAAAAACCGGUGAACCAUCAAGUCCCACACCGACGCGUGUUGCGAAGAAAUCAAUGAAGUCCAUCAUCAAUCCCAUCGCACCGCCACCAAAAAAGAUCACUGCAUACGAUCUUUUCGGCACAGAUAGUGAAGAUGACGAGACUGAAGAGACCUCUACACCUACAGCAGGGGGUAAAAAAAUACAGCCUUUAGUUUCGUAUUUAACAAGAAGACUGGCUAACGGUCAUUCAAGACAAUCUUUCGAGGGUAAGACAGGAACGCACUUCAUUGACCUGAAAGUGUACCGGUGUGAUGAGGUCGAAAAUGUUCAGCCCGUAAAUAGAUGGCGUCAUGCCAUCAUAUGUGUUAAAAACCGCACGAAUGAAGAUACUGAGGCAUGGCGCCACUUAACAAACUUCAUCAUUGCGACACGAAAAGAGUAUAAAAAAUGCACUCCCACUUUUAUCAGCAACUAUUAUUAGAAAUUAUUCCACUACGUCACACAAUAUUCUUUUGAAAAAUUGUAUUGUCACAUAUGUUAUGAAAUUAAUAAACUUGUAUAAUGUUGUUGUUUUUUUUACAGUCACCCCUGCAUCAAAGCUAAGUCAGGUCAGCUUGGUGAGAUGUGAAAAUUGUCACGUUGAUAUACCUGAAAAUAGAUAUCAAUAUCACUUAAGAACUAAUUUACAUAAGUCGAAUUGUUUAUUGAAUACCAAAUAUAAUAACAUUGAAGUAAUUUCAACAGCUUUCAAAAAUAGAAUAAUAAGUUAUAAAUUAAGUCCUUUUGAGGAGUACCUCACACCCGAAUCGUUCCUAAUAGAUAACGAGAAAUAUGUUAUUAAAAUUAUAAACAACUCUUUGAAAAGAUUUCAAAGUGUUAAAUUAAACUUCGAGCUUUUUGUUUUCUUUUAUCUCUCUAAAACAGGAGAAAAACAGCUGAAGUCAUUUAACACAAAAUAUAGUAUCAUAUCUAAAGGUACUGAUGUUCAUGAAUUAUAUUUAAAAACAAUUAAUACGUUUGAAAAAAAAAUAUCUGAAUUUCAACAUCGCGAAUCUGGCUGGACUUGCGAAUCAAUGAGUCAUCUAGAAAUAAACAUAAAUAAGUAUUCUCCUUUCAGGGGUGGCUCUUACAUAGCUCUUCCGAAUGUAGUUAAAAAUACUAAAAGUUGCAUAAAUAUACGCAACAAUGACAAUCAUUGUUUUUUAUGGUCUAUAGUUGCUGCAUUAUUUCCACAAAAUAAUAAUGUUUGUAGAACUAGUUCGUAUCCACAUUACUCAGAAGUACUAAAUAUAGAUGGUAAUAUGUCAUUUCCACCAUCAUAUAAAGAUAUUAAAAUGUUUGAGAAAAUAAAUGAACUGAGUAUUAACGUUUAUGGAUUGGAUAAUAAACAUAAUGUAACUGGUCCUUUGUAUAUAACUACAGCAAGAAAAAGUAACCAUAUAAAUUUGCUGUACAUUCAGAAGAAUGGUAAAGGUCAUUACUGUUUAAUAAAAAAUCUUUUGAAGCUGGUAAAACGACAAGUAACUAAUCACACAAGUAACAUGUAUUUGUGUGAGUUAUGCUUACAGACUUUUACCAGUAAAACAAAAUAUACUUCUCACAAUUGUAAUGAAAUAUUGACUGAAUUACCAGCGAAAAAUAGUUAUUUACAAUUCAAAAACUAUGAAAGGCAACAAAAAAUUAAUUUUAUUAUUUAUGCUGACUUUGAAAGUAUUCUAAUGAAGUGUAACGAAAAUAAAUCUGAGAAUACUCGAUUAUAUGAAAUGCACCAACCGUCUUGUUUUGGUUACUAUAUUUGCUGUUCUCAUGAUCCUAAAUUAAAUAAAUAUGUUACAUACAAAGGAUCAGAUUGUGUGCAAGUAUUUAUGUGUAGCAGUGUCUUAAAUUGGUUUAUUAAUCAUUUGCCUUUUGAACUCCAUCUACCCGGAUAUAACUAUUGUGGACCAGGUACAAAAUCGUACAAAAAGAAAGGCAUUAACCAGUUGGACGAAUAUUGUAAAGAACACGACAUAGCCUAUCAGCAAUCAUCUGAUUUGAGUGAUCGGCAUAAAGCUGAUAUAAAACUGAUGAACAUGGCACGGAACCGCAUAACAGCAUCAGAUGCCAGCUUAGAAGAAAAGAUAGCAGAUAAAAAUAAAGCGAUGAUAGCGAAAGUUAAAUAUGGAGCCGGUUUAGGAAUUAACAAAGCAGCAAAAGAUAUAAGUGGUGGUGGAUUAAAGAAACAAUUGAAAUAUAUCAUAUCUCACACAAAUAAACAUCUUAAAAAAUUAAAACCAAAGGGUAAAAAUAUGGCGAUAAAGUUGGCAAUGGCAGCUGCUAAGGAACUAGCAACAAACACUACAGUGAAAGUAUCAGAUCGCGAAAGACUAACGUUGCUGAAAAUAUUAGAAAAAGACAAACCUAUUCAGUUAGCUUUCAGAAACUGGGAUUUAUAUGAAUAUGCAUUUUUGCCUAGAACUACAAAACAUUCUUGGGCAGUCAAAACUGUUUCACAGUUGGAAAAGCCUCGGUAUCACCGACCGUCCUCUGUGCAGGCCUGCAUGGAGGUCGAUGAAACACCGACGCACGUGUUCCUAGAGUGCACGGGCGUGGCAAAACAACGAAAACGCCAUUUGGGAUCCCCAACUUCACUUGAUGAAGCCCUCGGCGACCUGGGUGGUCUACUCGGUUUCUGGAGCGAGCUUGGAUGGCUGGAGUAA